AUGGCGGAUUCGGAAGUCCAACAAGCCCGCCGGCUCUCAGCCGACAACCAAACUAUCUCGAAGUCUGAUAUUCCCCUGAAGGAGCGGUUCUUCCGAUACUUCCAAGAGGAAAUCACUUCCUUGCAAAACUCGAUGGACCGUCUCGCAGACACGUCCUUGGUGGGUGGAGAACGAGCGGAUGCGACAGAUCACUGUCUUGCAGGAAUCGUUCGUCUCUCGAACGAAGUAAAAGAUGCAGCCAGCUAUAUUCCAACCUACGACCAAAGGGUUUAUGCUGAGGCCAUCAAAGCUUUACAGGACAAACUGACCGAGACCCGUGCGUCAUUCGAGCCUCGUUCGAAAUUCAGCUUCAAGACAAAGAAGAAUGCGUCUGCUAUUUCUUUGCGUGAUGCAGCGACUUUGGCUGCCCAAGGCCGCCGGAGUAUCCCCGGCUAUCAGUCCCCAGGAGCAUCCUCGGUCGGUUCUUCUGCAAAUAAUACCCCAAACUAUCCUUCCACCCCGUUGAACGAGCCAGACAAACAGCAUUGGGAAAGACCGGAGAUUGCGCCCACCUCGGGCCCAGCAACAUUUACUGGGGGCAAUGAGAAAGAAGCGAAGCCCACGGGUUUCGCAGCCACCGGAAUAUCUUCAGUUUCGGUGAACAACCACCACAAUCUACACAUCAUGCUUCCCGCUUCUGGCUCAACUUCUGCAGUUCCGGCUUCAAUGACUUCCCUAAGGCACUGCAUCGUGGACAUGUCCAUUCCCACCGCGAAUGGAAAACCAUAUGCCAGUUUGACUAUACGGGAUAUCAAGCAGAGUCUUUUAAUCUGCAACCAAGUCAAUGGUCCUGCCCACAUUACUGGCGUUGAAAACAGCAUCAUUGUAGUCUCAUGCCGCCAGUUCCGCAUGCACCACUGCAAGAAUGUCGAUGUCUAUCUCAGCUGCUCAAGCAACCCAAUAAUUGAGGACUGUUCGAAUGUUCGCUUUGGUCGGAUUCCAAAAGCUCACUCUCUGGAUCAUGACUGCCCGGAUCACCAAGACCGCUGGAGCCAAGUGGAGGAUUUUAAAUGGAUCAAACCCGAACCUAGUCCCAACUGGAGUCUACUGGACCCAAGCGAUGCCAUACCAGAGGAAGUCUGGACAGAAAUUGUUCCCGGCGGGCCGGGCUGGUCACUUGACGACAUUCUGCGAGCCAUCAAAAUUCAAACAUAG